CGGCGGUGGUGUUUCGUGUCUGCGUCCCUGACGGGCUGGACUGAUCUGUGGGGUCGCGGCACGCCCGCCCUGACCCGGGGACGGAACUGCGACACCACGAGCAGUGUUGGAAGAUGGCCCUGAACUCUGUGUGCUGGUGCGCCGGCGACCAGGGGCACGUGGUGGCCCACCGGGACUACCGCAGCCACCUCGGCCCGAGGGCCUCCGCCUUCGCUAUGGUGUCUGGGGACGGCUUCCUCGUUGGCAGGCCUGAGGAGGCUCGUCCGAGACUUCGGCCGGCCGUGCGACCGAACGCCCGGGAGAGCCGCCGAGCGGCCCGAGCCGCCCCCUACCCGGCCCCCGGGCUGAAGCGGGAUCUGCUGAGGAGCGUGCUGCAGCAGCGACUGGUGGCCCUGGGAACGGUCGUGGCAGCCCGGAUUGCAGCCUAACACCCGUUAGCUCCCAACAAGGCUCUCCAAAACCCUUCCUCCGUGUGCCCGCGGUCUGUUUUACACAAACUUGUUUGCAUUUUAGUCUGUGCGAAAGUAAGUAACAGAUAAACGCGGCAACAGAGGAAAUUGUCGAUGGGUUCAGGUGUGACCUGAAGGAUGAAGAGUAGAGAGGAGUUAGAAGGGAUCUUACCUCUUUUGUUUAGUAUUCACAAGGCUGAUCAGAAGACAGCUAUGUUCACACCUUUCCAAGAAGCAUUCCAAAGUUAUCCCGUUUCCCCCGGUCUUCCUUCCCUAGCUGAUUCUGAAUGUCAGACUGAGGUAAAGGAAGCUUAGUUGAAGGAUGGUGGUCCCUGCCCUGUGGGGGCCAGACCCGGAGCUACAGCUGAGAGAGAGCCAGGACCUAGACCUGCCUGUGCCCUUCCCCUUGCUGGAUGGCGCCCGACCAG